GGUUUAGGAGCUUUUGGCACGGGACUCACAUGCUCAUUUACCGGAGAAGAAAGAUGAGUCAAGGAGACAAUACUUCUACUCCUCCUCCUGCUGAUGAUGUGAAUGCCCGAAUGGACAUAAUGCAAAAGGCCAUUACGGAUAUGAGUUCCAUCUUUAGGGAUUAUCUUCAACAUCAGAACAACAAUAAUGCCCCACAAAACACUGGUGGCAAUUCACAGCAAACAGUGGAAUCUAGAGAAGGAAAUGAGCAGUUGACAUUGGUGAAGCAAUUUCAGAACAUGAACCCGCCUAGCUUCAAUGGAGUUCCUGAUCCCGAUGUGGCUGAGUCUUGGGUUAAGAAAUUAGAAAAGAUGUUCAAGCUCCUGAAAUAUGGGUUUUCUAAGAGAGGGGAAGAGGUUACAUGGGACAAGUUUGUUCAGGCUUUCUAUCGAAAAUAUUUUUCUACAGCUGUGUUGGAAAGAAAGGAACUGGAGUUCAUGAAUUUGAAGGAAGAUGACAUGACAGUUGAUGGGUAUCAAGCUAAAUUCAGUUCUCUUAUGAAGUUUGCUCCUCACCUUGUUAAUGAUGAAGUUAGGAAGGCAAGGAAGUUUCAAAGAGGGUUGAAAGCUUCCAUUAGGAACAAGGUGGUUCCUCAAAUGCUAAAGACUUAUGAUGAGGUCUUGGCCACGGCUCAAAUAAUUGAGCAAGAUAUGGAGGAGCAAAAAAUGGAGACUCAUGACUCAAAAGGCAAGGGAAAGGCUAUUAACAACCAGCCUUUCAACAAGAAGCCUGAACAAAGGGGAAAAAGGAAGAUCCCUGAAAGCAACAGACCUAGUUUUGAUUUUUGUAAGAGGUGCGGUAAGAACCAUAGGGGAAAAGAAUGUUAUUGGAAAACUGGGACAUGUUUCAAGUGUGGGAAGACUGGCCACUUGAUCAAGGAUUGCCCGGUUCUCAAGGGAGCAAGUCAGCAGCCAAAGUAUCAAGAUAAUAAGAAGCCCAUGGUUCAAGGAAGAGUUUUUGUCAUCACAAAACAACAGGCUCACAACACUCCUACAAUUAUAAAAGGUAAAAUACUUAUCUCUUUUGGGAAUGCCCAUGUGUUGAUUGACUCUGGAUCUACCCACUCAUUUGUGUCACCUAAGUAUGUGCCAUUUUUGCAUGUGGAGCCUGAGACCCUUAAUUGUGUGCUUGUGGUGAAUACUCCUUCUAAGGAGGUUUUAACAUCAAAAACCAUUUAUAGAUCUUGUAGAGUUAUGGUAGAAGGUAGAGUUUUGCUUGCCGAUCUGAUUUUGUUAGGCAUAGUGGAAUUUGAUGUCAUACUUGGUAUGGAUUGGUUGUCUACCCAUUAUGCCAUGGUUGAUUGUUAUGAGAAUGUGGUUACUUUUUUCACUCCUAACCAACCUGUGAUUCGGUUUGAAGGAGAAAAAGUUGGAUCAUUUCCAUUACUUGUUUCUUGCAUGAAAGCUGAUAAAAUGUUGCAGCAUGAGUGUUAUGGAUAUCUGGCAUAUGUUUUUGAAUCUAAAGACAAGCCGGUGUCGGUAGAAGAAAUUUCGGUAUUGGAAGACUUUCCUAAUGUUUUCCCUAAGGAGUUGCCUGGGCUACCUCCAAAUAGGGAGAUUGAGUUUACUAUAGACCUUGUGCCUAGUACUGCACCAAUAUCCCAGCAACCUUAUAGAAUGGCCCUAGCAGAAUUAAUUGAAUUGAAAAAGCAGUUGCAAGAGCUUCUUGAUAAGGGGUUCAUUAGACUCAGUACUUCUCCCUGGGGUGCUCCGUUACAAGGGGCUCGUGUCUUUUCCAAAAUUGAUCUUAGAUUAGGUUAUUAUCAACCAAAGGUUAAACCCGAGGAUGUGAUGAAUACUGCUUUUAAAAGCAGAUAUGGGCACUACGAGUUCCUGGUAAUGCCGUUUGGUUUAACCAAUGGCCCUGCAGCUUUUAUGGAUCUUAUGAAUAGGAUCUUUCAGCUGUACUUAGCUAAGUUUGUCAUUGUCUUCAUUGAUGACAUUCUUAUCUUUUCUCCUAAUGAAGAGAGCCACAAGGAGAAGAGAGCCACGAGGAGCAUCUAGCCAUUGUAUUACAGAUUUUGCGAGAAAAGAAGUUAUAUGCCAAGUUUGAUAAGUGUGAGUUUUGGCUGAAUCAUAUUAGUUUUUUAGGUCAUAUUGUCUCGAAGGACGGCAUAUCAGUUGAUCCUAGUAAAGUGGAAGCAGUUGU